AUGUUGCAUCGUCAGUAUCCCACAGAGAUAAUCAAAAAGGCAUGGGAUCUUGGUCUUGUCAAUGCAACAGUCCCACAAAAAUAUGGUGGCACUGGUGUGACACUAUUUGAAGGUUGCUUAGUUGCAGAGGAGUUAGCUUAUGCAUGCACUGGUAUUACAACUGCCAUUGUAGCAAAUGAACUUGCACAAGCACCGGUAAUAUUAGCUGGUAAUGAGGAACAAAAGACUGAAUAUUUAGGUCGAGUUACGAAGGAGCCGUUAAUGUGUGCAUACUGUGUUACUGAACCUGGCACUGGAUCUGAUGUUGCCAAUAUUACAACUAGGGCUGAAAAGAAAGGCGACAAAUAUGUAAUCAAUGGUCAGAAAAUGUGGAUUACAAAUGGUGGUGUUGCAAACUGGUAUUUUGUUCUUGCUCGAACAAAUCCUGACCCUAAAUGUCCUGCAAGCAAAGCUUUGACGGGCUUCAUUGUAGAUGCCGACACUAAAGGUGUAACCAAAGGCAGAAAGGAGUGGAAUAUGGGUCAACGUGCAUCAAACACAACAGGAGUCACAUUCGAAGAUGUUGAAGUUCCUAUUCAAAAUGUCUUGGGUGCCGAAGGUGCUGGUUUCAAAAUUGCCAUGGGAGCUUUCGACAAAACUAGGCCACCCGUUGCAUCAUCUGCUUGUGGUCUAUCACAAAGGGCAUUAGAUGAAGCUACAAAAUAUGCCUUUGAAAGAAAAACAUUUGGUCGCCCUAUAGCUGAGCACCAAGCUGUACAGUUUUUGCUUGCAGAAAUGGCAAUAGGAAUAGAAGUUUCCAGAAUGGCUUGGAUGAAAGCUGCAUGGCAGACUGAUAAUGGCGAGCGCAAUACAUACUUUGCUUCCAUUGCCAAAGCUCUUGCAGGUGACGUUGCCAACAAAUGUGCUGCAGAUGCUGUUCAGAUCUUUGGUGGAAAUGGCUUUAAUAGUGAAUACCCUGUAGAAAAGUUAAUGAGAGAUGCUAAGAUAUUUCAGAUUUAUGAAGGUACUGCUCAAAUACAAAGAGUCAUUAUUGCUAGAGAACAUUUUAAUAUGUUUAAGCAGUUCAAUGCUUGAAAGUGUUAAAUGUUGUAUUAUUGUGUACUAACUAUUGUUGCUGAUGUUUUUAAUCUACAAACACAUGUUGAGAUGGUUGUUUAAUCUGCUAUAUAUAAUUCUACAAUGCUGUAAUUGUGCCUUAAUAAAUCUUUUUUAAUCUAA